UUACAACAAUACAAGAAUAAAGUUACUACCUACAGAACUUUGCGAUAUUUAAUACGUAUUUAACAUAUUAAUGCGAUUCUUGAAUUAACAUUAUGUAACUUUUGCAUAUUUAUAAUAGCAACACUGUAAUACUCGCUUGGAAAAUGAGUGACAGUUUGUUUAUUUAUGUAAAAUAAGUUUUGCAGUAAGUUUUGAAUUCGAUUCUAACACCUGUAAACUUUCUUUCUGUUUUUUUACCGGUGCCUGUGUAUUUACCUAUUUGCACUUUGUUUUGUGCUGAUAACUUGUCGUUAUUUGGAGUUUGGAAUCUUCCGUUGAGUCGAGCUUUGUUCUUCCGGAUAUUCGUGUGAUUUUAUCAUCUGAGAUUGGACUCUGACUGUGUUCACUGUGUUGUGCAGAUAUUUUGAGAUAGGACUCCUGUAAAAAGUACCUGAUUAUUUGAGAUAGGAGUCCCAAGUUUGUGUUUGUUUUUGUGAAAGACAGAUUUUACUACAAAAGUGCCACGAUGUCUUCAGAUAAACAUUGUUGCGUUCCUGGUUGUAAAGGCAGUGGAGGUGUACCACAUGUGCGACGGACUCGGCCGCCAGUUCAGCUACACUUGUCCCAACACCACGCUCUUCCAACAGCGAAUGUUGAUCUGUGACCACUGGUACAUGGUCAACUGCUCCAAAUCCGAGAGCGAUUACAGUGCAAACCUCCUUAUUGGUCAAAGGGACAAGCCCUUCGUGUCAGAGGAGGAGAUGCGCCUGCGCACCCCACGUCCGGACAUCUUGUCCGUGCCUCCUAAUAACAACUACUACGAUGGAUUGAAGCAGGCUGAGACCAAGUUCCCGAUUCACCCUGGAAACAGCAUCGUCGGAGUGGCCGACACCAUAUCGACCAACAACGACUUAGACAGCGGGAAGAACAACUACCGACCACCUACCUCCUGGUCCACGGGAGUUGGUGUCCAUGGUCAGAAUAACGCUGAUUCUACCUUCACCCAAGGCACUUCCCACCAAGAUAUUACGGGAGCCGCUUCUGACAAUAUUACUCCAACAUUCCAGCCUUCUACAAACUCUUUCAAAUCGUCAACCGAAAGAUUCUUCAGAAGCACUGAGAGACCUAUCCAAACACCUUCGCAAGAUCUGAGUCCUCCAAUAGCUCCAUCCACAACAGAACAACCAACUUCAGAUGAAUUCGACCUCGAUGUGAGAAUGAAAACGGAUUCUUCUGAAGACCCAGUCUUCAAUUUCAUAAAACGUUUCGAUCCUAACUCGCCUGACUCUCAUAAAACUGCUAUGUCGAAAUCUGAAAUUAUUAGCUUGAAUCAACAUUUACCUGCUGGGCAAAUCAGCGCUGAAGAGGAGAGAACUCCAAGAAAAAAUGAUAAUGGUGAUACCUUCAAUACAGUUCGAGGGACUGAUAAGAAAACAGUGACCACAUCGCGAUUUGAUACUGUAAAUUUGAAGCCUACAGCGCAAACGACAGAAACGAUUAUACCAACUCCUAACAGAGAACUUGUACCACCAAAAGACGAGUACAACCAGCAGCCCUCAACAACUGUAGGCCCACCGAUUUAUUACGAAUGGAAGUGGGCUGUGCCGGCGUUUGAUUUAGAACCACCAAAGCGCAAUAAUGAGACGGCUACGGAGAAGCCCAAAGGAAAAACCGUGCAAGGCCGUAGUCCUUUCAGCAGCGUCACCAGACCUCCUCCUGUGACCGUUGACCCUUCUCCGAGUAACGUAGAGUAUAAUACCAGUUCGUACUUCGUCCCAGAUUACGUGUUUCCUUUGGAUAAACCUCAUCCUGGUUACGAUGGGGAGAAUUCGCAGACUUCAUUCCAAGUGAAGAUAAGUCAGUCUAAUUUCGGCGAAAACCCCAAUUGCCCUCAGUGUCACCCCGCCUACUUGAAGCCCGGCACUUGUGAACCGUGCAUAGUGAAGCGGUAACCUAAAGGACUAUUUUAAGUCUUAAAGUCGUGUUGCCGCGUGGUCUACCUUAUAAAUGCCUAGUUAUUUAAAAGCCAUAAUCUUACAUUUAAACUUUUAUACUUUAUUUCCUUGCGUCAUUGUAUUGAACAACUUUCAAAUUAAUUUCUGCUGAAUUUGAUAAUGUAAACCAUGUUCCAUAUUAUUUAUUUAAAUACCUUUUCAUUGCACGUGAAAAACCACCGAGUUUUUUUAGAUAACGGAGUAAAAACAUUAUUAUCCCAGUAAAGCCUAUUAUAACAAAAUGUUAGUUACCUUACAAAGAAAUAUAACUAAGCAUAUAUAUAAAUAGUAUACUAAUUUUAUAUAAAAGUAUGAUGUAUAAUAAAGAGGCAACAUAAUAAUCAACGUUAGUCCAAAUAAGCCAAUGUUAAACAUAAGCCAUAAUACUUAUUAGCAUAAGCGUUAGUAUAUAGUACAAAUUUCAACUCAUAACUUACACGUGGGCGUUACAAAGUCUGAAAUAAUAAAUGAAAUAAGUGUGUGAACAGUAAUCAAUAUUAAAAACACAUAUAUUAACAGACAGAGCCGAUAGUCUCAAGGCUCAAAGGCCUCUUUUUGUUGGCCGGCUUACGAUGGAAAUGGGAUUCAGAUAGUAACCGGCCGCUAGUCCAUCGUAUUAAGGAAUACCAAGUAUUUAUCAUACUUGAUUUUCAAAAAUCUGUUUGGGUACACAUUAAGUCCGCCUUUAUACCAUCUCUGUGUGUUUUGUAUGUUUUACUCUUAUGAUGCAAUAAAGAGUUUUAUCUAUCUAUUAUCUGUACUUUUUCUGGAAAUAAAUUGGAAAAGAUUGAUUUUGAAAUUUGGUAGUCUAUUUUAUACCAAUAUUAAAUCAAAAUGUCAAAUAGGUACAAAAGACGAUCAUUUAUUCAUUACAGACUUGACGCCUUUUAAUAGAUACCGUUGUAUAUUAUUUAUUUAUGCAAUACAUUAAGGAUUAUUAUAGAAAUGCCCAUAAACGAAUUUAUAGUUACCUUAUACGUGUCCUAAUAGUAAUCUAAGCUACUUAUUUUAGCUUGAAAUUGUACUACAAAUAAAAAUAAAUUGUAAUAGGGUAUAAAUUAAAAUUAUGUAAU